CCAAGCAAUCGUAUUUGCUCAUGGACCAGAGCUAGGAGAUUACUAAAAAGAGAUAUACGCAUAUUAAAGCUCGUUUGACCACAAAAUAUUCGUUACUAUAGGUAACUGCAACAAAUAUGCAGUACUACAUUAUUGCCGCAGUGGCUGCACUAUUCAGCUGGUGUGCUCUAAUUCUCACUAUUCCUCCUUUGUCAUGUCGAUGCCGGCCGAGGGAAGCAUGCUGGCCAUCCGAUGAAGCAUGGAACCAGCUGAAUGUCUCCACCGGUGGCAACCUUGUUCGACUAAGGCCUUUGGGGCAUGUUUGUCAUUACCCAACUUUUGACAAGAGUGCUUGUGAUGAGUUGCUGCUUCUUGCCCGAGAUAGUGGCUGGAGGGCUUCUCAACCAGAAGCUUUACAAGAUUGGGUUUGGGAGGCAGGGUCUUCUCCAAACGAGACUUGUUCUAUUGGCGGACCAAGUGAGGUACCAUGUCACCAAGGUCAUGUUCCUCUAUACUCUGUCACCGCGAGAACCUUUCAGCACGUACAGAUAGCAGUCCUAUUUGCCAAGGAAUACAACUUGCGGUUGGUGAUCAAGAACACCGGGCAUGAUGGUUCCGGGCGUUCGGCUUCUCAAGAUUCGCUUCAAAUCCACACGCACCUACUCAAGGGGAUUCGAUAUCACUCGGAUUUCACAGCGAAAGGGGCUGCAACAUCCUCAGGGCCUGCUGUGACGGUUGGAGCUGGUGUCAUGCACUGGGAGGUUUACGAAAGGGGCUCCCAAGAUGGCUAUAUCAUAGUCGGCGGGGAAUGCCCCACCGUAGGCGCCGUAGGCGGCUUUCUCCAAGGAGGUGGCGUGUCUAGUUUCCUCAGCUACACAAGGGGACUUGCUGUCGAUAAUGUGCUGGAAUUUCAGGUCGUGAUAGCCAAUGGAACACUCGUAACUGCGAACCAUCAUGAGAACCAAGAUCUGUUUUGGGCUUUAAGAGGAGGUGGCGGUGGCACUUUUGGUGUCGUCACCCAGGCCACGGUCAGAGCAUACCCUGAUGACCCUGCUGUGGUAUCAACGAUAUCGCUUUCCUCAUCCCGUACGGACACUACCUUUUGGGGAAGUGGUAUCAAGAGUCUUCUCAGGAUUCUUCAAACUUUUAACAACGAUAACAUCCCCGGACAAUUCAUCCUCACGGCCUCCAAUGUUUCACUAAAAGCAGGUCUCACUCUAUAUUUCAUGAAUGAUACCAGUAUAUCCGCCGUAGAAGAAGAAACAAGGCGACGUCUAACUGAAUCAAUGGAAAAUGGAAUAUCCUACAAGAUGUCGGCUCAAUUUAUAUCUAAAAUUAGCCUCAAUUUUCGGACGACUCCCGAUGUCUACCCUGAUGAUUACGGGAUAACCCAAGCCUCUAUCCUAGUUUCCCACCAACUCUUCACUUCUCCAGAGGGCCCGGCGCGGAUGGCAGAAUCAUUUUCAAGGCUCGCCUUGGGUCCCAAGGACAUGCUUUUCACUAGCAACCUUGGGGGUAAGGUUAAUAUAGAAAACGAACCGACUUCUAUGCAUCCGGCUUGGCGAUCUUCGGCACAACUUGUAAACUAUGUAAGAGGUGUUGAUCCGACAGGAUAUGGGAAAUCACGAGCUUUAGAGGAGUUAAACAGCGUUCAAAUGCCGAUUCUUUACUCACUCGAGCCGGGAUUUAAGGCUUCUUAUCUCAAUCUAGGAGAUCCCAAUGAGAAAGACUUUAAGAAUGUAUACUGGGGAGAUAAUUACAAGCGUUUGGCGCAAAUCAAGCGUGAUGUAGAUAAAGACGGACUAUUUGUUACUCGGCUAGGUGUUGGAAGUGACGCAUGGGAUGACGAAGGCAUGUGCAAAAAGGGGGUGAUGGGUUGGUUAUCUCAAAGAAGAGAAGCCUUUCGAUUGUAAACAGAAUACUAGGUAUCAGCAUACUCCAUUCCUAGAAAUGAGUGACCAUUUUCCUGUUACUGAGGCAGAUAGGCUGGGCUAAACCGCCAUUCAGGUCUGAAAUGAUAUCUAAUUACCAUUA